AUGGGAGCGGGCACCCCCUGCUCUGCCAACAGCACCCCGGGACACCCAUGCCGGGCCCACCGGCACACGCGGCAGCGGGGACGUGGCUCGCCCGCCUUUGGGGCGACACCCGGGACCCCUGGCCUGCCCCCUGCCCAGUGGCGCAGGCGGCAGUGCCGGCCAGAACUCCCUGCCAGCGGCCGAGGCGGGAAUUCAGCCACGGAGACGCUCGGGCCCGCGGCGGGCCGGGGCCGGCGGGGCGGCGGCCUGGACCGGCCGCCCCUCCGCCCCGGUGACGCCCCUGCGGGCCCGCAGAUCCACCUGGUGGAGUCGGACCCGGAGCACUUCGCGGCGGGGCUGGUGCAGACCUUCCUGCCCUACGACAGCCGGGAGCACCGGCGGGACGAGGAGCACGCCGAGCGGGUGCUGGAGCUGCUGCGCUCCCGGGGGCUGCGGCCGCACGCCUGCCUCUCCUACUGGGACGACUGCGUGGUGCUGGCGGCCCUGGUGUGCCGGGGGCUGGGGCUCCGCGGCCCCGCGCCCGCCGCCGUGCAGGUGGCCAAGCAGAAGAGCCGCACGCACCGGCACCUGCAGCGCUGCCGCCGCGGCCGCCCGCCGCCCGCCGCCUUCGCCGUGCCCUGCCGCCGCCUGCGGAGCCACGGCGACGUGGAGCGGGCGGCGGCCGCCGUGCCCUUCCCCGCCGUGGCCAAGCUGGAGUUCGGCGCGGGCGGCGUGGGCGUGCGGCUGGUGGAGGACGCCGGGCAGUGCCACGCUCACGCCGCCCGGCUCUGGAGGGACCUGCGCGACGACGCCGACCACCCGGGCAUCGGGCUGGGCUGGGGCAACGCCAUGCUGCUCAUGGAGUACGUGCCGGGCACCGAGCACGACGUGGACCUGGUGGUCUUCGAGGGGCGGCUGCUGGGCGCCUGGGUGUCGGACAACGGCCCCACGCGCGUCCCCGCCUUCCUGGAGACGGCGGCCUGCCUGCCCUCCUGCCUGCCCGCCGACCGGCAGGCGCAGCUGGUGCGGGCGGCGCUGGAAUGCUGCCGGGCGUGCGGGCUGCGCGACGGCGUCUUCAACGUGGAGCUGAAGCUGGGGCCGGCGGGGCCGCGCCUGCUGGAGAUCAACCCCCGCAUGGGGGGCUUCUACCUGCGCGACUGGAUCCGCGAGGUCUACGGCCCCGACCUGCUGCUGGCCGCCGUGCUGGUGGCGCUGGGCGUGCCGCCCGUGCUGCCCGCUCGCCCCGCGCCCCGCACGCACCUGGCCGGCGUGAUGUGCCUGGGCUCGGAGCACGGCGAGGCGCUGGCGGGCGGCGGGGGCAUGGAGGCCCUGCGGGAGCUGCACGGCCGCGGGCUCGUCCGCCUCAACCGGCUCUUCGAGGAGCCCGAGGGCGCCGGGGAGUACGAGGAGCCGCUGCUGAGCGUGGCGUGCGCGGGGGCCACGCUGGCCGAGGCCUGCGAGCGCCUGCUGGGGCUCUGCCGGGGGCUGGGCAUCGACUCCCCCCGGUAUCCCGUGGAGCAUUUCUUGUCCCACUUCAAAUAGCGCCGGGCAGGCAGCGGGGACGGCGGGGGAAUGGGGUGCCCGCCCCGGCACCCCCCUCCCGCCGCCCCGCCGCCCCUCCCCGGCAUCUCCCCCGCACCUCGUCCCGCUGUCCCCCCCCCCCCACCCCGCGGCACGGCACGCCGUGUCCUGGCAUCCCUGUGCCGCCCUGGAUCCCGGUCACCUGCCCUGCCACACCUCUCUGCCCGGCACUCCCCUUCAUCCUGGCAUCCCGUACCCUGGGAUCCCAAAUCCCCGUCUCCUGGCACUCCCCACUGCUCUGACACCCCGAUCCCUGGCGUCCCCCAUGUCCUGGCACCGUAUUCCCUGGCAUCCCUUUCCAUCCCGGCACUUCGUCCUUCAAUCACACUGACACCCCUCACCCUAAGUUUACUCUUCCCCCACUCCAGGCACCCCAUUCCCUGCUUCCCAACAUCCCCCCUCCCCUUUCUCCCCUGUCCCUACCCCCAGUGCUCCCCAUCCCCGAAGCCGGGGAUCCCAUGCCUGGGGACACACAGGGGGACACCGGCCCCUGCUGUCCCCAUGCCACCCCCAGGGUGGGGGCAGCCAGGACCCCCCCGAGGCACCCAGGGCACCCCAUGAGAGCAGCAGGUGAAGCCUGAGGUGCGCUGGCACCUGCCGGCAUGGGGAGACCCUACAGUAACGAACCAUUAUGGGGAGACCCCGCAAUGGCAAGGAAUAAUUAACGGGACAUCCCAUAAUAGCAAAGAAACGUGGGGAGACCCCACAGUAACAGAGUGAGCAGGGGAGACCCCACAAUGACACCCUUGAAGGGGAGACCCCGUAAUAACAAACCGGCACGGGGAGACCCUACAGCAACAGACCCGCGCAGGGAGACCCUACAAUAACAGUGGGGGUACCCAGGGAUUCCUUGGAGCAGCUGAGAAAGUCCCCUGGGAUGAGACUUGUGUGGGGAACCCCUGUGCCGUCACUGGGGAGGGCCUACAGUAACAGCAGUGACUCUGCACCAACGCCCAGCCCCUGCAAUGUCAGAUCCUGCAAUAACACCCGGCACCCUACAAUAACACAGAGCCCUGUAGCUCCCCUGACCGUAGAAUAACAGCAGCGACCCUACAAUAACACCCAGAUCCUACGGCCCCCACGGCCCUACAAUAACACCAGAGACCCUACAAUAACACCGAGCCCCUGUAGUGCCCCUGGCCCUACAAUAACAUCAGAGACCCUACAAUAACACCGAGCCGCUGUAGCGCCUGAGAGCCCGCAAUAACACGCAGCCCCUUUAGUGCCUGACAGCCUCCAAUAAACCCCAGUCCCUCUAGUGCCGCUGACGCUACAGUGACACCGGUGGCCCUCCGAUGACACCAGAGACCCCACAAUAACACGCAGCCCCCGCCGCCCCGCAAUGACAGCGGCGAUCAUCCCAGUGACCCCACAAUAACCCCGGUGCCCCGCAGCCCCACUCGUGCCUUCCGACGCCGCGGAAAACCCGACCGGGAUCUCCGCGUGGGGUCAGCGGGACGUGUGUCCCCCCCCCUUCUGACGUCACGGCGGCGCCGCUGACGUCAGCGCGGCGCAGCGGGGGCGGGGCGGGGCC